AUGAUGCGAAAACUGAAACUUCGUAUAUCUACAGUAACCUAUCAAAAACAUCAGGAAGCGAUUCGUAGUCUACUCGUUCAAAGUCUCACUUCUGUGUUAUGUAUAGUUCCAGUUGGAUUACUCGGAGUAUUUGUUCGUAUUGAAGUUACAAAUAAUGGCGAAUUAUUAGUUGGAAUGUGCAUUGUUUGGUUCUUGGCACACUCUUCAAUCAAUAUGAUUUUCUUGUUGAUUUUCUUCCCGCCAUUCCGAAAUUUUGUUUCGAAAAUUUAUAAAAUGAAACCACAACGUCUAAAAUUAAUCGGAGGACCGCCGUCAUCAAGAAUGUUUCCAUCGAUUGUAAAGUUAUAA